CUCCACUCUCUCACUCACACACACUCUCUUUUCUCUCUCCUGCUGUGUGCCAGUCCCUCUCUCUCUCUCCCUCCACUUACUCAAAGUAGCCAGAGCUCCUCUCUUCUCUCUUGUCCUCUUUACAUCCCUCCACCACUCCUUUUCUCCCUCCAGCUGUGAGAGCAACCGACCCCGGCUCGGCCCGUUCGUCUUCACCUCCACAAGUUCAAAGGAUCUCAGGUCGCUGUUUUCCCAAACUUCUCCUGAAAGACUUAAUUUUCAUUCUUGACCACUUUUUGGUCCUUUCCCCUCUGGAGAGGCUAGUUGGUGUGUGUGCGGCAGCGUGUGCGAGGGCUACGGUGUCGUGCUCUUUGCCCUAAGGGAGUCCCUAAAGGUUGUGACUGAAGGAGAAAAGUUUUCACCACGAUGAAUGCUCAGUUGCUGCUCCUGUUGGCCCUGGUUGGCCCUUUCUGUGCCUUCACACAUGCAAGUCCUACAGGGCACCCUACAGACCUUGAUGUUGGGAUCACUGGGACUGUAGCAGCCAUCACCCGUGACGCUACCGAGGAUCCAAUUCAGGACCUUACUGUUGUCACUGGCCCUCCUGCAACCGAACCAGCAGCUGCCCCUGAAAAAGUCACAACAGAAGUUGUCACCGAGGCGACGCUUCCUUUUGUUACCGUCAAUACAGAAGAGGUUGUCGUUAAGACAGAAGCCCCUGUCGCUGCUACUACUACUGUAGCACCAGAACCCCUUAUCACUCACACUCCUGCUGUGGAGACCACAGCCCCCACUGAGAAAGUAGAGACUGAGGUCAUACCGGAGGCGAAGGGAGCUCCCGAGGCAGACACGGGUGAAGACGUGGUCAUUGAAGACAACACAGAGGAGGGCCUGGGUUCUGGCCAGGUAGUCGGCAUCGUGAUCGGCGCUCUGUUGGCAGUGGUCAUCGUCAUGGCCGUGGUGAUUGCUGUGGUGAGGAGGAUGGGCAAAUACUCGUCUGCCAAGAACAAAAAACCUGCGAAAAAAGACAGCAUUAUGGUUUCUCCCUUGAGAAAAAAGCAGGCCAAGCAGCAGGAGCGCCCAAAGUUCUGGAAAUUCUGAACUACUGAGCUGUGACGCCAUUUCCGAUCAUUAAAACAAGCACAAUACCAGAACUAAACGAAUCUAACCAGGACUCUGGACUGUUGCCAAAAAAAGAGGGGGAGAGAGGCGUGUGUGUGUUUAUGUAUGUACUGUGUGUAUGUGAGACAAGAGGGGUACAUGAGCAAACAUCCUCACCUCCCCCGCUACCUCCCUGACCCCCAGGAGCCGCUGAUAUAAAAGGCUCUGUCCUCCCCUACUCCCUUGGAGAGAACAAAACAAGGUGACAGCAGGAUGUCACAAAGAAUUUCAGGCUUUUUCAAAUGCAUUUUGUUAAAAAAAAAAAAAGAGCGAGAGAGAGAACGAAUGGGCAGGGGAUUAUCUGACAUCUAAGGAUAAAAUAUCUUUCCUUUAAAGAGUGACUGAUUUAGACUUUGCAUGGAAGUUUGAGAGGACAUAAGAAUGGAAAAUACUGAUAAAACUAAAGGAAAAUAAACACACAAGGAUAGUGGGAGCAGGAAAGAAAGAGACUGUUACAAAUUCCACAGGAUGUAAAUACAAUGCAAGGGGACUACAUAGUAUACAGCUAAUGACUUUCUCAUAUGUUGCAGUUGCAUAGGCUAGCAUUUCAUAUUAUGGAAUACACACUACCUACGGGCAGCCUUAGGCUAUUGUUGUGGCUAACAGACCUUUAAAGCACCCCUGAGCACCAGUUAAAACAUUUUCUCAUGUAGCCAGAAUCCCUGAUAUGUUGGCCAACUGUAUGAAGCACUGUGUGCAGAAGUUGUUUUGACAUAACACUUAUGCGCUCUGAAGGCUAGCAUGGGGCUAACAGAAAAGAAAAGGCACCCUCAUUUGCAAGAGUAACGUGACAUUCUGCCCACUUUAACACUGACAUAUAAAAACCUAAUACAUAUCUGUGAAAUUUAGCAGAAGGGUUUGUGCCACUGUCUCUGGUAUUCUCUAGGUAUUUAGGAGGAUUUUAACUUUUGAAGUGCAUUAUUAAUGUGAACUGACUGACGUACUUUUUAACUGCCACCCAUUCCAAAAAAGAACAGCUUUGAUGACUCCUGGCUUGUUCCUUAUAAAGGCUUACACACAGCCAGUGGUUAUUAGACAUAGUGAUAGCAUUGUCUUGACAAUGUAUUCAUAGUACUUGUGUUAAUAGUUAGAUUACCAGAACAGCCAUCCAGUCUUUAAAUUGAGCUAACCCCAGAUAGCGUGCACAGGAUGACGUUUUAUAGUUGCACUUAGUUUUAGUGCACAGUGUUAGGCAGUUAUGCCCUUUUUUGUUAUUUUUGCAAUUGUAAGUGUGCUUAAUGGGUGUACAAAUAAUGAAGUCUCAGCUUAGUUCCGCUUGCUUUACAAACUCGUUUAAUAUGUGCACUGAAUGAGUGAUGUAAUGUUUAAUGAAUAGGCUUUAGACACUGCAAAUGUUUGCAACGACAUGUGUUUGUUUCCUCCCUUCUGCUUUGCCACAUAUUAUCAGUUCUAGGUCUUUAAGUUGUGCCAUCUCAUUUGUUUGAACCCUUUUAAUUUAAUUGCAGUGUUUUUGUUCAUACUGUUUCAAUAAAAAACUGUACUGCACUCCACAAAAUAUUUCACUAAAUUGUUAACUGAAA